UGUUGGUGAAGAGGAUGUUCAGACCGUCAGAGGACGACCUCUCACCUCCGCCCCACAAACAGAUCAAAGAGGAAACGCACAAGCGAGUCCUGCUGUAUGUGAGGAAGGAGUCAGAUGAGGUGUUUGAUGCUCUGAUGCUCAAGUCUCCAACCCUGAGAGGCCUGGUGGACGCAAUAUCAGAGAAGUAUGGAGUUCCUACUGAGAGGAUAGCCAAGAUCUACAAGAAAAGCAAAAAAGGGAUCCUGGUGAACAUGGAUGACAACAUCAUAGAGCAUUACUCUAAUGAAGACACCUUCAUCCUGAGUAUAGAGAGCUACGCUGAUGCCUACAAGGUCACGCUCACCGAGAUAUGAGGCCUGAGGGACUGAGUGUGGGGCCGGGGGGACAGGACAGUACAGGAGGACUGAGUGUGGGGCCGGGGGGACAGGACAGUACAGGAGGACUGAGUGUGGGGCCGGGGGACAGGACAGUACAGGAGGACUGAGUGUGGGGCCGGGGGACAGGACAGUACAGGAGGACUGAGUGUAGGGCUGGGGGGACAGGACAGUACAGGAGGACUGAGUGUGGGGCCGGGGGGACAGGACAGUACAGGAGGACUGAGUGUAGGGCUGGGGGGACAGGACAGUACAGGAGGACUGAGUGUGGGGCCGGGGGGACAGGACAGUACA